AUGGCUGAAGAAGAAUUUCAAGAAUCCGAAAUUUUAUUCCGAGACAGCCUCGAUUUCGACGGCCGGACCAAUUUCGACGGCCACGAUGACCUUCCCACGAACUCCGGUCUAGAAAAGAAGAAAAUCGUAGCCGUGAAUAGGGAAAAAUCGGUCUCGAUAGAUAUUCCGGGAUUUGGCUCGUCUCUAAAGGCGCCUUAUUCCGGCAACGACGAGGCGGAGUUUGUGCCGCCACACGUCAUAAUUGGGCGGCGGGUGGCGGCGCUCUGCACCGGACACGGGCGGAGGAGUUUAAAGGGAAGACAUUUGAGCGAGUUUAGGAAUGCGAUUCUUAGGAUGACAGGAUUUAUUGAAACGUGA